AUUGACUUACUGCCAAAAUGAUAAAAAUAGAAGAAAAUCACUUUAUCUUUGUCCCAAUUUUCCAAUUUUCCUGCCCCCUCCAUACUUUCUUCGAUGGCCAGGUCUAGCUUCCUUUCCCCAAUGGCAUCCAUCAACCUCUCUCCCAAACCACAAUCCGCCUUCCUGUUUUCCCGUGUACAUCCCUCUCUUCUCACUCUAAACAAUCUUCCGGACAAAUUCAGGAAUCCCUGUAAGUUCAGAAGACUCAUAAUCGCCAAAUCCAAUGGCGGCGAUGACUCAGUUGACGUUCCCGACCGUUUGAUUUCAGCCCUUUGUUAUUUCUAUCCUUUAUUUGACGGUAUUCAAUAUGGCAAGUACGUCAUCACUCGGUUUUAUCCUGUUCAAGCUAUCGUACAGCCUCUGGUUCCCGCAAUAAGAGUGUUCAAGAGCUUCCCUUUCAAUGGGUUUCUGGUAUUCCUGACUCUUUACUUUGUUGUUGUGAGAAACCCUAAUUUUAGCAGAUUUGUGAGGUUCAAUACGAUGCAAGCCAUCGUCCUUGAUGUGCUGUUGAUAUUCCCUGACCUCUUGGAGAGAAGCUUCAAUCCAAGAGGUGGCCUGGGCUUGGAUUUGAUGAUGAGUUUGGAUAGCACUGUGUUUUUGUUCCUGUUGGUGUGCUUGAUUUAUGGUUCUUCUUCUUGCUUGCUGGGUCAAGCCCCUAGAUUGCCCAUUGUUGCUGAAGCUGCUGAGAGGCAAGUUCUUUGAAUGCCCAUUUCCUUUACUUGUAUAGCUAUUUUCCAUUUUCAACUAGAGCCUAGCUGUUAGAAAACACAGCUUUCUCAUUUGCAAGCAACUCAAGUUAUGUAAGACAGCUUUAAUUUCUUAUUUAAUCAUUGUAUUCUUGGAAUACUUUCAAAACCGGAAAAUUGUUAAUCUGACUACAUAUUUGAAUUGGUGUUCAUUUGACACAAUGGAAGACUGAGAAAGGUUGCUUCUUUA